AUGCCAGUGUGUUUUUGUGUUUAUAAUGUAUGUGGUUAUAAUGAAAAAUAUAAUACUAUAUUAUAUAGGGAGCCUAUUUUAAUAAAUAAAGAUUAUGAUAGUAAAUAUAUUAUAUUUUUUCCUGGUGAUUAUUCUAGUUUUUUUUAUAAUUCCAUCUAUACAUCAUUUAAAUUAGAAUCAAAAUAUGAGUGUACAGAUUACUGUUUUAGUUAUGAGGCCUUAUUUUGGGUAAUAUCUCAUAAGUAUCUAUAUGAUCAUAUAAUAUUUAUUAAACCUUGCACUUUUUAUAAUUAUUAUGCUACAUUUUCUAAUUUUUUACCAUCUCCUGAAAUUUAUUCUUACGAAAAUACUGGAAAUAUUAUUGAGAGAAAUUCCAAAGAAAAUAACAAAACCACGACAAAUAACAACAAUAUGACAGCAACAAGUGCAAAACAUCUACUUUCCUUAUUAAUUUCAUUAAAUAAAAAGCUAACAGAAAAUAAAAAAAAAUACAUAAAUAGUAAUAGCAUGAAUAAUGCUGAUAAUUUGAGAAAUACUACUAAUGGUGAUAAUAGUGAUACCAAUGAAACUAAUAGUAGUAGUAAUGAUAACUUUUAUAAAAAUGUUACUAAAGAUAAAACGAGUAUGGAAAAAAAAUUUGUUAAUGACAAUUUUAAUAAUGAAUACUACAGUAUAUAUUUAAAAGAAAAAAUAAAAAAGAAAUUGGUUUUAAUUGGUUUUAGUAAAGGGUGUACAGUAUUAAUUUCCUUACUAAGAGAAGCAUAUAAGAUAGAUGUUUUUUGGUCAAUAGUUGAUUCUAUUUUUUUUUUAGAUCCUGGAUUUAAUAAAAAUACAUUUAAUUCUAAUAUUGAAAGUUAUUCAUUAGAAAAAAUAUCUGAAUACAAUUUAAAAAUUUAUAUUCACUCAACUCUUCGUCAAAUAAUUGAUGAGAGUGGUUCCUGUAUUCAUAAACAAUUAUUAAAUUUUAUCAAUUCAUUAAAAAAAUUUAAUAUAUGUGUAUCUUCUUAUUUGCAUUAUACAAAUGUUCAAAAUUCUAUAAAACCAUUAAGUUUGCAUUUUGAAAUUUUAGUAGAUUUUUUUCAAGAUAUUUCUACAGAUUUGCACACACAUCCAUUGUUAUUAAAUUCUCAUGAAAAAACAGAAAUAAAAUUAUGUAAUAAUAAAAAAUGUAAAGAAAAUUUUCUUUUUGAAAGUUGGAGAAACAGUUCAUCAUUUAAUGAUCAAAUAUUUUAA